AUGGAGCCGAUUGGACAGAAGCUUAAAUACUUCUUUUACAACUAUUGGAACACAGUGACUACCAUAGCUGUUAUAUCAUUUUUGAUAGGAUUUGGCAUGCGAACGUUUGGUGUGAUAGCGACGGGUCGAGUAAUUCUGGCAUGCAAUUCCGUGUUAUGGACAAUGAAAAUGCUUGAUUACAUGAGUGUUCACCCACGAUUAGGACCUUAUAUCACUAUGGCUGGAAAAAUGAUUUUGAAUAUGUCAUAUAUCGUAGUCAUGCUGGUGGUGUCGCUAUUAGCGUUCGGCCUCGCUCGACAGUCAAUAACAUAUCCAAAUGAGGAAUUUCAUUGGCUGUUG